CGAAACAGUUCAUCGACGGACCACUUUCUCUUAUUCACCUCCCUGGCCCUACCUAUGUCUCUCAGAACGAGGCCGCUUGAUUUCAAACAUUUCCAGGUGUCAUUUCCUGGAGAACGGAUUGUGCAGGUAACGUUGAAUCGGACAGACAAAUUAAACUGCGUCAACAAGGCCACAAGCAAGGAGAUUCAAGAGAUAUGGGAGCUAUUCGACCAGGACGAUAGCCUAUGGGUUGGCAUCAUCACGGGCAAUGGACGAGCAUUUUGCACGGGAGCCGAUCUCGAAGAAUGGAAUCAGAUGAAUCGGGAUGGGGUUGUCAACGACAUGUCAGCGCCAGGACUUGCUGGGCUACCUCGACGGGAGGGCAGAAAACCUAUUAUUGCAGCGGUCAACGGAAUAUGCAUGGGAGGAGGGUUUGAGAUGGUUGCGAAUUGCGAUAUCGUUGUAGCUUCGUCAACGGCUGUCUUCUCUCUGCCAGAGGUGAAGCGAGGAAUAGUGCCCGUGGCGGGUUGCCUUCCGCGACUCACCCGCACUCUGGGUCUACAGCGCACCUCGGACCUCGUACUGACGGGCAGAACCGUAAACGCCCAGACGCUGAGUGAUUGGGGUCUCAUCACCCGCAUCGUGGAUCCAGCAGAGAAGAGCGUUGCCGUCGCAGCACUUGAGGUCGCCCAGGAAAUGUGCAAUAAUAGCCCGGACGCGCUGCUGGUGGGACGGCUGGGCAUCCGUCAGACUUGGGAAGCCGGCAGUGUAGAGGACGCCGUGAGCGAGCUGGCUCGUGACUGGUAUCCUCGCCUGGUGAAGGGUGCCAAUUUCCAGGAGGGAAUCCAGGCAUUUGUAGAAAAACGCCGGCCCAACUGGACCAACCCAAAGUUGUAG